AUGGAUCAACUCCCAUUCGCCCCAACACUAGGAACAACCUCCAGACCCAAUACCCCGGAAGUCCCCAAUUCGCAGCCGGAUACUGGGAGGAUGUUGGAGGAUCCUGGGAUGAUCCUGAUACCCCCAUCACCCCCGAUGUCCAACAGUUCUACACCGACGAGUACAACUGACUCAUCGAGGGGCGAACUCUGGAAGAGGGUAGUAGAAGCAAUGGUGGCAAGGGAUGUGCGACAAAAGGAACAGAGCAGCGAAGAACCACCUUCGAAGGAAUCGUUACCCCUUUCCUCCCUGCCCGGAGAAAGGAACGAGAAGGUGGACGAACCACAGUCGGAAAAACCGACGCAGGAGGACAUCAAAGAGAUGAAUCUCCAGAGUCAUUCGGAAAGGCUGGACCAAUGUUCCAUACCUCAGAGCUCAACAGGGGAAUCUACUCCCCCACCGGAACUCCAAGAGAGGCAUGGGGAGUCCACACUGGGUCAGGAGAUCACUUAUCAGACUCAUACCCCAAGGGAGACAUUUCCCAUUGGAGCCCAGACACCGGCUCCUCCUAUGAGGCAGAAGUCAUCCGGCUCGAAUCCGAAGUUGCCUCAAAAAGAUCCAUUUGCUUCUGUAGCCGGGUAUAUCAAUGGUAUCACCAAAUCGCUUUACAACUCACACGCAGAAUCCACCAAAUGGCCAGGAAGGAAAGAGGAGUGGCCGAGGAAAAAGGGAUACUGGAUUGGGGAUCGCUCUUUCCAGUGGAUUCCUGGAUCACCCCUGAAGAAGGAUCCUGGGACCUACCCCCCAUGCACUCCAACUCAACCGCCGACGACACCUGGCACUCAGUUGCCGGGGACGGCUGGGAAUCCCCCUGGCCAGAUACCGUGUUGA